AGAGCUGUUAGGUGCAAAAGGAAUUACAGGAUGCACAAGGAAGAAUGCUAACAAGCCUAGAGGAAAAUGCAAUUCAGCCAAGUACUGCCCUGCUCUCAGGAUUGGCCACUGAUGACCCUGCAAUAAAGAAGGAAUUGGGGGAAGCAAAUGUUUAGCACAAAAAGAAUCAGUUGCCAAACUCCUAGAUCACUACACACCGCUUCCUGCUUCUACUUCUUUUUUGCUUUUUCCAUGCUAGUAGAGAGGUACAAGGAGUAUUCAGAGCAGGCAUAUGUCCUCUGCUGGUGAUGGAGGAGACUGAGCAAAACCUGCAGUGUAUUCAUUCUAUCCCACAGAAGCAGUUUCAUCAUCCCACUCUUUGAAUGAUGUGCUUUCUGCAGCACAGUCUGAAAAGUAUUCUGCAUACACCCCCUCCUUCUACUUUCCUUUGCUCAAAUGUCAGUGCACUACCAGAGUAGGGAGACUCAGUGUUGUCGUUUCUCCUCCUCUCUCUUUCACACUCCCUGCCCUCCUAUUGCCCCCCUCCUUUCCUUUGCAUCAGUUGGAGGUGCACUGAGCUCUGCCGCUACCUUCAGGGUAGGAGCUCAUGUCUCCCCCUUCUACAAGGAGCUGUGAUUUAAGACAGGGACUGCUUGCAGAAAAGUAAUUCUUCAACAGGUAGAAACUGUUGGAUGAAAUGGAUACCCUACAGCUAGCAUUCCUAUUCAUCUCCAUUGUGGCAUCACCUAUUUGUCAAGCAGAUGAAAUGGAUGAGGACUAUACUUGGCACAUAAAGAAAAUACCUCACAUUGUUAGUUCAGAUAUUAUCAAUCUCAAAAAUCCCUCUUAUGAAGCAGAACCGCAACUGGAGCUGAAUGGAACCUGUGGGAUUGAAUGCCAAAGGAACUUGCCCCUACCCAGCCUAGCUGACCUUGAGGAAUAUCUUUCCUAUGAGACAAUAUAUGACAAUGGCACACGCACAAUGACAAGGGUUAAUGUCCAGGAUUGGCAUCCUGAAACUGAAAUGGGAAGGGAAAAACCAAAGCAUUCCCGCAGAAAGAGACACGUUUAUGGCACUGACAGUAGGUUCAGUAUAUCUGAUAAGCAAUUCAUGACUAAUUACCCAUUUAGCACAGCAGUGAAACUGUCUUCAGGGUGUAGCGGCAUUCUUAUUUCACCCAAGCAUGUUUUAACAGCUGCUCACUGCAUCCAUGAUGGCAAGGACUACAUCAAAUCUGCCAAGAAGCUACGUGUCGGCCUCCUUAAGAUCAAGUCUGAUCGUGGUGGCAAACGCCGCAGGGGAUCAAAAAGGGGAAGGGAAGAUGCAUCUGAAGAAUCUCCAAAGAAAGAUGGUAGAAAACAAAGAAGAAAAUCAGUUCAAAAACGAUCAGCAGCAGAAGAGCAGGCAAACAGUCUUUCUGGAAAAGAAAGAGGGUCAGGAGCUGGAAAACCAUCAUUCCAGUGGACAAGGGUGAAGGCCAUUCAGAUCGCCAAAGGAUGGUUCAGGGAUGUGUCUCACAACAUGAGCCUUGACUAUGACUAUUCUGUUCUAGAACUUAAGCGCCCACACAAAAAGAAAUACAUGGAGCUUGGCAUCAGCCCAGAAGCAGAAAAAAUGCCUGGAAGCAGGGUUCACUUUUCAGGUUUUGAUGAAGAUAGGCCUGGGCAGCUGGUGUAUCGUUUCUGUAGCAUUUCAGAGCAGUCUAAAGACUUAUUCUAUCAGUAUUGUGAUGCAGAGGCUGGUUCCAGUGGAUCUGGUAUUUACAUCAGGCUUAAGGAACCCAACAAAAAGAAAUGGAGGAGGAAGAUCAUUGCCGUCUAUUCAGGACAUCAGUGGGUGGAUGUUAACAAUCAGCAGCUGGAUUACAAUGUAGCUGUCAGAAUAACUCCACUCAAAUAUGCUCAGAUAUGUUACUGGAUACAUGGGAACCAUGAUAACUGCAAACAAGGCUGACCUGAUUUUGAAGGAGGUCAAACCCCCACUCCAUUCAAUCCAAAGAGAGCGACUUAACAAAUAAUCUGCAACAAGGACAGCCAGUGGGAAUACGAUGCUGAAAAAGAACUCAAUUACUGUUAUCAUGUACAAACUGCUAGUUGGACCAGAAACAGAUCAUAAUGGCAUAAACAAUUCUUAAAGAACCUGUUUACAAUUAAAAAGAUAACAGUUGUGAUUCCAAAGCAAUACGGGGGUUCCACUGCAGCCUGGGGUUCCAAUGGAGUUCUGAAAGUAAAUGAAUCAUUUCCAACACAGCAAUGCCACGCUAUCAACCGAUGAGCAAGUAACAGAUCUUAUAUGACAGAAUGUUGUUUAGCUGCAAAAAGCAAUUGGGACAUGGGUAAUGGUAAUACUGUAUUUUAAAUAAUGAUUACAAUCUACAGCAAAUAAAAGUCUAAAAUGCUGUAUACGCUAGCUGCUUGCUUUCUUCUCCCAUCUUUGUAGGGCACUGCAGCUUGGGAUGCAUGGAUGUUACUGUGCACUAUUGGGCAGGACUACUCUAUGGCAGAGGUCAGAAAAUGGUGUCAUAUAAAAGCCUUGCUCCAUUUCUUAGUUCUGUAGUCAUGGUUUUCUUAAAAAAACUUACUGUUACAUGCAGUAUCUGGCAGUGUUGACUGGGUCUUCUAAAGCCCAUCAGAGAAGUUAACACCAAGGGCCAGGUCUUAGAUGUUAACAAUGCAACGGGUGUUAAAUAGACUUAGCAUACACAUAAGAAAGGGCUGAUGGGAAUCAUCCUUAGCCGGUCGCUGCCAGGAGAUCCUCUAAUACUGGCAGGCCAAUUUGACCCUGGUAUCUGGUAAUAAAAGACCCUCAUUGCUGUAGUACGUUAUUUUAUAGGGAUGAAAAUAUUAGGAAAAAAACUAUGAAGCAGACAUAACAAUGGAUUUACCUAGACUGACCUCUCACACAGAAAGUUCCUGUAUGGAAUAAGCCACACUUUACAGAUCUAUCACAUUACCCAUAAAUAACAUAUUAGCAACACUAAAAGAGCAGCAUUACAUUUAAAUUGCCGGUUGAAUUUCUCGGAAAAAAAUUGUCUCAAGUAAAUAUGGGUGGUUAUUGCAUGAAAUUCUUAUUGCUUUCCCCUUUCUUUGUCACAUAGACUGUACAAUAAAGGCAUUGAUGUUUUUAAGCAAAAACAUACUUUUUAUUAGUGAAGAAAGGCUGUAUAAAUGUUUUAGUCCUGCCUUUAAAGUAUUAACAAGCAGAUAUUAUAUUUUAGAAUUAGUAUAUUUUGCCUGCCUACAAUCUAUUGGAAAAUUUUUAGAGAAUAAAAUCACAGUGUUUUGGGUGGCCAGAGGUCCACUUUUUAAGCAUGUACAAAAAGUACUUUCUAGAAGAGGAUCCUCAUUAAGGUUUCAGAACUGUUUAUACAUCGUUUAACUCUGCAGACUGGUGGUAGCAUAACCAUUGGAAAGGUCCCAUCAUGGGAUUAUCAUCUUAACCCCAACACUGGGUUCCCAUUGGCACAUCAAGAGAAGAAACUCAGGAAAAGACUUCUAAAUCCACUUUAAGAAAGAACCUAGUGGCUGGACCCCAGAGUGUAGGGGUAGUUCCCCUUCAGCGUACUGUUUUGCACCACUGAAAUCUAGUCUCAGCAUAAAUCAAGUAGUUUGUUAGCCUCUUAGCCCUUUAUUUAUUUGUUAUUUUUAACUUUUAUUUACACGGUCAUUUAAUCUAUGAAUGCCACAAGGUUUCUUCAGGGAUUGCAAUACCUUUAACCUGCUUUACUGAUCACAAAGUAUUUAUUUCAGUAUAACUAGAAGGGUUACACCCACUUAUACCUGCCAUAUUGUUUAUUCUUAAGUCUACUUACAUAUAUAGAUCCAAAGACAAUCUGUCUUUUGAUCUUCUGCAUGAAAAAAUACCUAAAAUAUGGAUGUGUGCCUCUCUGCUAUCCAUUAUUUCAUUCAUAUGGUUCCUUUUAAGAAAGGCUUUGUGUUUUAUAAUGUAAAAGGUGCUACAACCAGGCACAUACAAUUCUCUAAUCAUUUUGUAUCUAUAAAAAGGAAUGGUUAAGGUGCUAACUUGACAUAACCAUUUCAAUUAACAGCUCUUCUCGAUUGCUUAGACAAUGUUAGAUAUCAGGAAACCUGGUCAGGGGGAAAUGGCCGAAGUCUUUGUGUAUAUGUUACAUAUGCUUGUCAAUGGCUCAAAGUCCAGUUUGUUGUUGUCUCACAAACUGUUCUUUAGUCACCAGGUUAUGUUCAUUCAAUAUCUGAUUACCAAAGGGUAAGGAGGGUAUAAGGAUACCUUCAAAUGCCUAUUCGGUGUUUUAUAGCAGUGAAAAAUAAAUGGCAAUGCCUUCAGAUUUAAUUUAUUGUAUAGUAAAGAAGCCGUUAAAUAAAGAUGAAUAAACAAA